CUGUCUAUAAUGCGGUCUGUGAGCAGAUUUUAAUUUUUUUUUCAAGUUGAAAUUUUUUCAAACUUCGAAGUUUUUUUAUUACCUUUAGUGCAAUAUGGCCGCCAUUUCGCGGAGGUGGUGUCUUGCAAUUAUAAUUAAAAUAGUGUGAUUGAAAUGAAUAAAUAUUCGCCGUGAAAGUGUCGAAUGAUUGUAAAACGAUUGCGAGUACAUUAAUGAUUAUAAAACAGUGAUGGGUGCUAAAGCUAGUACUGCUAAUGGUGACGAUGCAAGUGCUCGUGAAAGAAGUUUUUCCACUGGAAGUGCUUCAGACGUAGUAGCUAGCAGUGCAUUUAAUUUGUUGCAUUCUCUGCCAAACCUUGGCUCAACCGAUAGACAAAGAGCUAGAUCGUUAUCCAGUGUUCCAGACGGACAUGAAAAUGUCAACAGAACCGCUAAUUCGAGUGAAGUUCAAUGUGAAAUCGAAACUAUAGAUACUGAAAGUAAUUCCACUGAUGAUCGUUCACUCGAUAGCCCUUUGGGAACUAAUAUUGGUCUAAGUCUUGGUCUUGGUCGAGUAUAUACCGCUCGAUCUUUGCCUUCGCAUAUUUGGUCAUUAAAUGGUAUAAAAUGUCCAGUAUGUUCGAAAUUUGUGUUACCAGAUGAUGUAGAGUGCCAUUUAGUAAUGUGUUUAACUAAACCUAGACUGACUUAUAAUGAGGACGUAUUAACCAAUGAUAAAGGAGAAUGUGUUAUAUGUUUGGAAGAUCUUCUGCAAGGAGAUACCAUUGCUAGAUUACCUUGUUUAUGUGUGUAUCAUAAAAGUUGUAUUGACCAAUGGUUCGAUGUGAAUCGUUCGUGUCCAGAACAUCCGGGAGACUGAUGGAGGAACUUGGAAUUCGGAUUGUGUAUUUUGACCGAGCGACGCGGACGUAAAACUUCAAUCAUAAAUCGUGGACGCAUUCCGGCUUUCAGUGGGAUUGCCAACAAGCAGUCGCUGAUAAUUAUGUGCAUCUGAAACGUCAUAAACGCGUAUCCAAACCUACAAUAUUGUAAUAACCGAAGUAAACUUUUCGACUUACCAAACAACCCGUUCACUUCUCUCCAAACCCAGUCGAGUGUAAAUGGUAGAUUUUUUUUUGUUUGUAAAUUUUACACUCGUAUCGACUCUUCGAGGACAUUAGUAAUUUGUUAACGUGAAUCAAUGAUUGUUUUCUGUCUUAUUUGUUUUUUCCCUCUUCUUUUCUAAGUACAUUUUGUACUCGAUGAUUAAUUAAGGUGGUUUGGCUUUGGCAAUCCGGCUGAUGUAUUAUCGAACAAAUUUUUUUUCUUAGUUUACGAAUACCUAUGCUAAAAUGUGAUAUAUUUAAUCGCGUACGCGAAAUAUUUUUAUGUAUGUAUGUAUGUGUAUUAAUUGAACUUGGGUGCGUAUAAUGUUUACCGAUCGGAUUACUCGUAUAAAUAGGUUUGUGUGUUAUGAACACUUUUUACACUUUGUAUAAUUUAUGUACAUGUGAUUGAUGCGUAGUCCAACGAUAUUCAGCUACUACAAUACCUAUGUUUGGCAUAGUUCGAUGCGUAAAACCCGAAACGAACUGGCUUGAGAGAUCAGAGAUAUUUCAUGUGUAGUCAGAUGUAAUCGCGCUAACACGUCCAUUUUCUUCGACAUUUUAUCCGUAUCUACUCGUGAAUUUCUGUUAUGGCGGAUUUGAUUAAAAUUUCAAGACGAUGAAUUAUAUGCUCUCGGCAUUAUUUUGUUGUGUGAUACGCUUUAAUGAUACAAAAAAUGAUUCGUUCGUGCUUCGUUUUUUUUUUUACGUAGAAACGAACGAACUCAUUAGUGUCGAUUAAUUCUUGAAUUUAUUUAUCCUAUCUGCGAUUAAAACCAACGCGUUCCAUCAGCUUACGAUUGGUGGUCACAAGAUCUCAUCGUUGUCCUAUUUUAAUUAAUUCUGUUUUACUAUUACUUAUUUUUUUUUUGUUUUUGUUUUUUAAAUCGACAAAUAAUGGCGCAUUGAUUGACAAAUAGUGCGACUCGCAAUUCAGUAUAAUUUUCGGGAAAAGAAUCGCAGAAAAUGAAAUUAUUAUUUUGAAAGCGUUUUUUUUUUUUAAAAAAACUGAAACAUAAUAAGUCAUCUUCAAAGUAGAACCCAGAUUACCACUUUGAAAAAUUUUUAUUUUCGUAUCGAUUGCCUUGUUAAUACUAUAAUAAGUAAUACUAAUUGUUCAUUAUUGUUGCAUUAACUCUUUAUUAUUAUCCUUUGACGAGGUCCUAGUACGUGUGUAAUUGGUGUAAAAAUAUUUUGUGAUUUGAUUGGCUUGUGAUUGGCGUUAGUUAUUAUUUUAUUAUUAUUUUUUUUCUUUUUGUUUAUUUUACUUUUUUUUUGAAGUUUUUAUUUUUGCUAGAAUAGUUUGUGUACGGUUACAAAAUUUUAUUUUAAUAUUUAAUUUUAAUGUAUCUACCUACGUAUAUAUUUUUUUUCUUCAAAUUUCAACCAAGAAACAGAAUUAUGUAACGGAUGAAUAGUUUAGUAUUUUGAACCCGGUUCGGACCGAAAGGAGGCGUUGAAUGUUGCUGGUCUUUGAAAUUCGUUUCCAAUGAACUUCUUUUCGGUGCGUCUGUGUAAUUUGAUCCAUUAAUGUGAUAGUUGAUUACUUUCAUGUCUCGAGUUUGCUCAAAUUUCUGCUUGCGCAGACAAUAUGUUGCGAAUUUUAUACGUCAUAUUUAUCCGCUUACGAUGACUAUGUACUUGUAAUUUUAAUCAAAUCACAAAACAGAAUAAUCGAAGAACAAUUAGACUACGUAUUUGAAAAACAUGGUUUUAUUAUUUGACUCUGAUCUAUGUGUAGAUGGCUUAAUGAACGCCGUUCGUAUUAGUCUCAUAUUUUGAACUUUACCAUACUUGUGAUAAAAAAAUGAUUUAAGUGUAUUUUGUAUGAUUGUACUAUUAAUUUCGAAUCCACUGGAUAGGUACCUUCAAGAGUAGAGUUGACGCGAGAACAGUGACAAGAUUUAAAAUUUAAUGCAUAUCUUAUUGUAAAAAAAUUUGCGUAUGUAUGUAGAAGAUGUUAUCGUUUAAUGAUUACCUAGGUGAUUUUUUUCACGUGAAGAAAUAUGGCUUCGAUUAGUUCAACAAUGUCAAUUCGGAAUGUACAAUUUAUUAACUUGUGGUAUGUUACGAUAAUGUUGAGGUGUGAACCAACAUUUUGUCAACUUUUUCAUAUUAUGGAUAUGUCUGUGUGUAUAUACAGUAGUGUACAUCACUUUUGUUGUAUGUGUUGGCACGACGGCGCGUGUAUAUACAUGUAUUGUUCAAUAUUCCGUCUUAUUUUGAAAAUUUUUUAUAAAACGUAUACAAUAUAAGUGUCUUCGAAAGAAA